UAUGCAAAACGUAGCUUGGACUCGUAUAGAGACUCUUCCUUUCUACCACGUACUCCAUCCAUCACACUCUCUCUUCUCUUCUCUACUCAUCGAAACCGAGAAAGCAAAAAGCAAAAAGAAAACGAUGCUCACCAUUCAGCUUCUGACUUGGACCAACAACCAUUACUAAUUCAAACUAUCAAACGAUUCACUCCAAUUUUCAACUCUCCUUACGUUGCAGAAUAUAUGUAUAGAACUCACUUCCGUGGAUACCGGUCCUUAGGCGGCGAUGCAUUUUGUGAUAAUGCAUAGGUACCUCUGCUGCUGCAUUUUAUUCGGAUGCCUUUAUAUAUCGCGCCUUUCUCUUAGUUCAGGACAGCAUUUGAAUAGGACUACUGCCUUACAAACCUGGUUGAGUUAUUCUGGAUCACUUGUAAGAGAUGAUUCUGCAUUCCAUGCUUCGGAAUUUGCUAAAACAUCAACUUUGAGAUUGCCAUUGAAUGAGUCAGUUUCAUGUGAGGACUUGGAAGGUGUAGGAUCUUUUAAUACCACAUGCUUAUUAAGCUCAUCUCAUUAUUUGAAAUCUGAUAUUUACAUAUAUGGGGUUGGAAAUAUGGAGAUACUCUCUCAUGUUUCGCUUUCAUGCCCUGUCGAAGGGUGCAUGAUAACAGUCAAUGUGUCUGGCAACGUUAAACUGGGUCAAAAUGCGUCUAUUGUUGCUGGUACUGUGGUUUUAUCAGCAUCCAAUCUGACUAUGGAACACAGAUCUUCUAUAAACUCAUCGUCUUUGGGUGGGUCACCGCCUUCACAAACUAGUGGGACACCUGUUGGCAAUGAAGGAGCUGGUGGAGGGCAUGGUGGGCGUGGUGCAUCCUGUGUAAAAAAAACUAAAACGAAUUGGGGUGGGGAUGUAUAUGCUUGGUCCACUUUGUCUCAACCAUGGAGUUAUGGGAGCAAGGGUGGUGGUAAAUAUACUAAAGAACAAUAUGGUGGGAAUGGUGGGGGGCGUAUUAAGAUUCUAGUGAAUGACACUAUAUUUGUAAAUGGGUCGAUUACUGCAAAAGGAGGAGAUGGGGGAUCUGAUGGGGGAGGUGGCUCUGGCGGAAGUAUAUUGGUACAUGCCAAAAAGCUGAAGGGAUAUGGUACUAUCAGUGCUGCUGGUGGGAUGGGAUGGGGUGGAGGCGGUGGAGGAAGACUAUCACUUGAUUGUUACAGCAUCCAAGAAGAUCUAAAAAUUACUGUCCAUGGAGGUUUGAGUAUUGGCUGCCCUGGGAAUUCUGGAGCAGCUGGCACAUUUUUCAAUGCAAAUUUACUAAGUUUGAAAGUUAGCAAUGACAAUGUCACAACAGAAACUGAGACUCCUUUGCUUGACUUCUCAACCAGCCCUUUAUGGUCCAACGUUUAUGUGGAAAAUAAUGCGAAAGUUUUGGUUCCACUUGUCUGGUCCAGAGUUCAGGUAAGAGGCCAGAUCAGUGUAUAUAGUGGCGGAAGCUUAAUCUUUGGACUGUCAGAUUAUCCAAUUUCUGAAUUUGAGCUUGUUGCAGAAGAGCUUUUAUUGAGUGAUUCUAUUGUAAAGGUUUUCGGUGCAUUUAGAGUUUCUGUUAAAAUGCUACUCAUGUGGAACUCCACGAUUCAAAUUGAUGGUGGUAAAAGUACUGUUGUGGCUGCUUCAGUACUUGAAGUGAGAAAUCUUGCUGUUCUAAGGCAAACCUCUGUCAUUAGUUCAAACACGAACUUGGGCUUAUAUGGUCAAGGACUGCUACAAUUGACUGGUGAUGGUGAUGCAAUCAAAGGCCAGCGACUAUCCUUGUCUCUCUUCUAUAAUGUAACUGUUGGAUCAGGUUCUUUACUUGAAGCUCCUUUGGAUGAUGAUGCUAGUAGAGGCACGGUGACAACACAUCUUUGUGAUACACAGAGAUGCCCGAUAGAUUUAAUAACUCCACCUGAUGAUUGUCAUGUCAAUUAUACACUCUCCUUCUCACUUCAAAUUUGUCGAGUUGAGGAUCUUCUUGUAAAUGGUAAAAUGAAGGGAAGCAUAAUUCACAUUCACAGGGCAAGAACUGUGAUUGUUGAUACUGAGGGUAUGAUUACUGCAUCCGAAUUAGGUUGCACUGAAGGUAUUGGCAAGGGAAACUUUUUGAAUGGAGCUGGCGGUGGUGCUGGACAUGGAGGAAGAGGAGGAUCUGGAUAUUUCAAUGGGAGAAUGAGUAUUGGCGGUGAUGAAUAUGGAAAUGCUAUUCUUCCAUGUGAAUUGGGUAGUGGAACUAAGGGCCCUAAUGAGUCAUAUGGGCAUGUUGUUGGAGGCGGGAUGAUUGUGAUGGGAUCCAUUCAGUGGCCACUUUCGAGGCUUGACCUUUACGGGUCCUUGAGGGCAGAUGGUGAAAGCUUUAGCAAAGCAAUAACAAGCAGUGAUGGAUCUUUGGUUGGUGGUCUUGGUGGAGGUUCUGGUGGAACAGUCCUGCUUUUCCUUCAAGAACUCAGGAUUUUGGAGAAUUCCUCCUUAUCAGUUGUUGGUGGCAAUGGUGGCUCCCUUGGUGGUGGUGGUGGAGGUGGAGGUCGAGUUCAUUUCCAUUGGUCAAAGAUUGGUAUUGGGGAGGAGUACGUGCCUGUUGCAAGUAUCAGUGGCACCAUGAACUAUAGUGGAGGAGCUGGGGACCAUGAUGGCCUUCAUGGACAGGAGGGUACCAUAACUGGGAAAGCAUGCCCUAAAGGCCUUUAUGGAAUUUUCUGCGAGGAAUGUCCUCUGGGUACUUACAAAGAUGUUGAUGGUUCUGAUCCACAUCUUUGCAUUCCUUGUCCUCUUGAUCUUCUUCCGAACCGUGCAAAUUUAAUAUAUCAACGAGGGGGGGUUACAAAGCGUUCUUGUCCAUAUAAAUGUAUAUCAGACAAGUAUCGGAUGCCCAACUGUUAUACACCUCUAGAGGAGCUUAUUUAUACAUUUGGUGGUCCCUGGCCAUUUUCAGUAAUGUUGUCAUUAGUUUUAUUGCUUAUGGCUCUACUACUAAGUACUUUGAGAGUCAAGUUGAUUGGUUCUGGUUCAUAUCAUAGUUCAAGUUCUACUGAGCACCAUAAUAAUCACCGUUUUCCAUAUCUUCUAUCUCUGUCUGAGGUGCGUGGAGCCAGAGCUGAAGAGACUCAAAGUCAUGUACACAGAAUGUACUUUAUGGGUCCUAAUACUUUUAGAGAACCCUGGCAUCUUCCUUACUCACCUCCCCACGCUAUAAUUGAAAUUGUGUAUGAAGAUGCUUUUAAUAGAUUUAUUGAUGAGAUCAACUCAGUUGCUGCAUAUGAUUGGUGGGAGGGAUCAGUGCACAGUAUACUUUCAGUCGUGGCAUAUCCUUGUGCUUGGUCCUGGAAACAUUGGCGUCGAAGAGUUAAAAUUAGUCGCCUUCAGGAAUAUGUCAAGUCUGAAUAUGACCAUUCUUGUUUACGCUCCUGCCGUUCCCGAGCUUUGUACAAAGGGAUGAAGGUUGGGGCGACUCCGGAUUUAAUGGUCUCAUACAUUGAUUUUUUCCUUGGUGGUGAUGAGAAGCGAUUAGACAUUGUAUCAAUUAUACAGGAGAGAUUUCCCAUGUGCAUACUUUUUGGUGGGGAUGGGAGUUACAUGGCACCUUACAAUCUUCACAGUGAUGCACUGUUGACCAACCUCCUUGCCCAGCAUGUCCCAGCAACUGUUUGGAAUCGUUUGGUAGCUGGCCUGAAUGCUCAGUUACGGACAGUGAGGCAUGGAUCAAUUCGUGUCACACUAGGUCCUGUUGUUGAUUGGAUAAAUAGCCAUGCAAAUCCCCAACUUGAGUUCCAUGGAGUUAAAAUUGAGCUUGGAUGGUUCCAAGCAACAGCCUCUGGUUACUAUCAGCUGGGUAUCGUGGUAGCAGUUGGGGAUUAUUCCCUUCAUGAUUUGCACCAGUCUGAUACUUGGGUCGGUACUGAUGAAGCUAUGGGGAAAAAUGUGGCAUGUGGUAGAAAGAAUCUUAAGCAGCUGCAGCAUAGUCGGCCAUACAUGAGCAAUCCAUUAUCUCUUAAAAAGAUAACUGGAGGAAUUAAUGGUGGCCUGAUAAAUGAUGCUACCUUAAAAUCACUAGACUUUAAAAGGGAUCUUCUAUUCCCACUUUCUCUGCUGUUGUGCAACACUAGACCUGUUGGUCGUCAGGAUACUGUGCAACUGCUGAUCACUCUGAUGCUUUUAGCAGAUCUUUCUGUUACUCUCCUCAUGUUACUUCAGUUCUACUGGAUUUCUCUUGCAGCUUUUCUUUCUGUUUUACUAAUCCUCCCUCUUUCUCUACUAUCUCCAUUUCCUGCCGGUUUGAACGCAUUAUUCAGUAAAGAACCUAGAAGAGCUUCACUUUCUCGAGUAUAUGCACUGUGGAGCGCUACUUCUCUAUCUAAUAUUGGUGUGGCUUUUAUCUGUUGCCUAGUUCACUAUGCAGUAUCCCACCUUCACCCUGACGAGGCAAGUACACGUAGUGUCAAGAGGGAAGAUGAUAAAUGCUGGCUUUUGCCUGUCAUCCUUUUUCUAUUCAAGUCUGUACAAGUCCGUUUAGUCAAUUGGCACAUAGCGAAUCUAGAAAUCCAAGAUUUUUCUCUAUUCUGUCCGGAUCCAGAUGCUUUUUGGGCUCAUGAAUCUGGUUUAUGACAAAAGGAGUAGAAUCAUUAGAAUGUGAAUAUGGACGUUAAUUUUUUGACUAGUUUUAGAAUUUAGCUUGGUCGUGAGUAUCUUAGUUGCCUUGCCAACUUGCGGUGUGAAUAUAUUUAUAGAUGUACAGGGGAAUCUAGUUCUGCAUUUUUCGCUUUGUAAAAAAACUUCACAGGUUCCAAAGGAUAAUACAAGAUUCGUGUAUUUUUUUGUCUCAAAUUAGUGGGACUCUUUCUCAGAGGUUAA